ACACGGUGGCGGCAGAUUGCCAUUUGUGCGCCAGGCCGCGUGCACGUGAAAAAUCCAAGCUCCCGGCAGCAGAAGUCCACCCGGUUUUCGGGGUUGAUAGAUUUGGUGCGCACUGCCCGGUGGCGGCAUUCGUCGGCUAUGUUCUUUGCGCCGCUCGCAAGCGCGCGCGUGUCCCGGAUCCGGGGGUGUUGAUUUGACGAGCUGCCGCAGAUUCAGUGCAGAUCGCCAGGUGCGAGCUAGCCGACUCCCCUCGCUCGAACAACCACAGCACAGUGCACUAGUAGUGGCCAUUUGGAAAUCAACCUGGGGGGAAACGGGUGCUAAAUGGAAGAACUGAGCAAAGAUCAGUUGAAAGUGCUGCGUGAUGCGUUCAAUGCGUUCGAUAAGGAGAAGACGGGCAGCAUCCCGACCGACGUCGUCGGCACGAUUCUCGAGCUGCUCGGCCACAAGCUGUCGGAGGAGGAGCUGGACGAGGUGAUCGAGGAGUACGAUGAGGACGAGUCGGGCCAGCUGGAGUUUGAGGAGUUUGUGGCGCUCGCCUCGAACUACGUCGAGCCGGAGGAGGACUACGAGGCGCUGCGCAAGGAGCUGCGCGAGGUGUUCAUGAUGUACGACAAGGAUGCGAAGGGAUACCUCCCGGUGGAAGAGUUCAAAGCGAUCCUGCGCGAGCUGGACGGUGCCGUGCCGGAGGAGGAGCUGGACGACAUCGUUGACGAGAUUGAUGCCGACGGAUCGGGCACGGUAGACUUUGAGGAGUUUAUGGAAGUCAUGACAGGAUAAUAUAACCUGGUUGUCUUCACGUUGGAAUGAAAGGAAGUGUGGAGUGAACGUAUGGGGACAAGAGGACAGGCGCACAAAUGGUGGAGAGAAAAAAAAACAAGAACCUAAGAUAGCAGGAUGGCGGCUAUGGCCGCCGGUGGGUUAUCAUUCGUAAUUUCCUUUUCGUAAGAAACAAGAAAAGAAAAGAACCAAAAAAAACAGCCUUACCCCAUCACCGAAUGUGGCAUUCAGCGCAAGGACGCAUUCACAUACACACAUAUUUGUAUACCACUAUGGUGCACAGAGCCAGACAGACCGAUAUGAUAGCGGAUAGAAGACUCCUCCUUUUCCACACCGACAAAAACGGAACACCCAUCCAGCCGGUAAAUCGAGCACGGAAACUGUUUAGGAGCUACCGGGAAAGGAGCCAGAACCUUGCGGAACCUUAAUAUAUUCAGCCGUAGUUGGAUUAA